CUGUAUCUCUCUCUCUCUCUUAGACUGAAGAGCUGCCCAUCAUCAGAUCCAGUGCUGUACUGAACGCUUACCAGGUUUAGGCACAAUGACAGGCAUCGUUCCCGGGAGCAAAAUGAAAGGUGUUGAUAUCUGUGGAGUACGCUACAACUGCUACAUCAUUCGUGCCGAUCUCGGCUGCUAUUUGAAGACAACUGAUUUAAAACAUGCUUCCAACCUCACGCUUCAUGAUCUGCACCACUCCUGCAUAGGAGACCAUUAUGUUGGUCAUAUUAAUGACUCUAUUUACAUCAUUAAAGAUACUUCCUACCGCAGAGUCAAAAAUCUGUCAACAGACAGCGGAUGUGAGCAUAAAGAUAUUCAUCCCAACUACCAUAAUGGAGACUACUACUUCUCAGCCAUGGGAAAGUUUUACAUCGUUUUCAAAGACGAUAAGAUUUAUAAAACAACAUCAAAACUCACUUCUCCAGAUUGUCAGGAACACCCGCUGAAUGAUGACUACAGUGACGGUCUGUAUUAUUGGGGCCGGUCGUUCCACUUUUACAUCAUGGGUACGAACGAACAAUGGGGAGUCGAAUUCAUCAAAGGCUCUAACUUCAGCAGCGGCAAUAAAGAUUGCUUUGCUUCUGUUCACAAAGAUAUUUUGCACUUUCUGCCUGGUGGUCUGUCGAUAACUACAGGUCCAGCCUUUGGCAGGUGGGAGAGUGUUAAAACUCUAACAAAUGACACCGACGCACCAGUACAAUUUGAGAAGAAAAUAAUGAAAAAGGUGGGAUACAAAAAGGAGACGAUGACAAAGAUCACGCACAACUGGAAUGUGAAGUUGGCAGGCAGCGCCAAAAUGACAGAACUCGCAAUGUUAAUUGCGAAGGCCCAGUUGUCCUUGUCCACAGAAUACGGAGGUUCAUAUAUGAAAACUGAGAAUGAAAGCUGGAAUGAAGAGACGGAAGAAGAAGAACACAUAUCACUGGAGCUGCAGCCAUACUCGAAUGUAUACCUGUGGCAGUACAGCCUGGGUCUCGGUGAAGACACGAUGUUUUUCUGCCGUGAUAUAACGUUUAGCAAUGAUCCAGACCCUCCCACUGAAAUCCCGGUGUCACGUUGACAAGAAUGAGAAAUCAUCAGGUCUGAAGAAAACCAAGUUCUUCUGUUCAUUAAAGCUUGGAAAAAAAAGAUAAGAAUUGCUUAAAAAGUAGAGAGAGAGAAGGUUGCUACUGUAUUGUUUAAUAUAGCAGUUGGAUCCCCAGUCAACACGAUGAUGUCACGAUGAUGUCACGGUGAUGUCACAGUGAUGUCACCAUCAGCUUUCAGAAUACUCACGAUGAGGUCAAAAUGUAACCUCACAGCAAACUCACUGUGUGCUCAAACUGUGAGUUUAGAGGUUUAGAUGCGACUGGUUUGUCAUCAUGAUGUUGAUGAGGGUUUGCUUUAGUUGAGCUCUUGACUCUACACUGUGUGUCUUCUCUUCCUCUGACUGCUGGAACUGUGUGUUUACUUUAUAGAGCACAUCCGUUAUAUUGAGGAAUGAGUCUUGGAUGGUAAUUUAAACAUGAGGGAAUGUUAAUGAGAAAACUGUCAAUUUGUGUGAUAGUAGUGAGUGAGAUCCAGCUGUUUUGAUACUAUCGGAUAUUAUAAAGCGCUUCUAAAUUAAUUAUUCACAUAAAAUUCCAGCAAUUCAUAAUUUAGACACCAAUAUACGAAGACUCAGUGUAUGAUCCUCAACAAUGGUAAGAACCAACUGAGCAGCUUCAUGCUGCAAUGCAUGCUGGGAGUCAUGAAUGAGUUUUGUACUAUGAUGUUACCCAGCAUGCAUUGCAGCAUGAAGCUUUCGUUCUGAUGAUUGUCACUGUCGUUGAGUUUAAUAUGCUGAUCUAUGUAUCUGUGUGUUUCUCAACUUUCUCAUUAUAGCAUAUAAUAGUUAAGGAAAUUCUUCCAAACAUCUCAUUUGCCCAACACUGCUCAACCUCAAGCUUUAUAUGAUGAUGUAACAGUGAUAACCAGACUAAAAGCUAAACUUAAGAUCAGUGGAUCAUUUUCAUUGCCAAUAUUCUCAGAGCUGGCACACUACAGUUUUGUUCUUUUCCAUAUCAAUUGUGACUCAUAAAGCAACAACGACAGCAGGCAAAGUAAAUCUAUUACGUACAGGUUAAGGGUGAAGAGUCCAGCUAAAGCAAACACUCAUCACUAUCAUGGUGACUAAAUCUAAUAAAUUCAUAUUGAGCUCACGUAUUACUUACACUGUCACAGUAUGAGAAUGGUGUGACAUCACUGUGAUCAUCGCGUGACCUCACGUGUUGACUGGGUAGUGCAGUAGAUUGAAGCUAUGAAGUAAAAUAUGUGUAUUAUCUAUUAUAGCCAUUUAUGAAAGAUUUUCAUGAAACUUUACUAGCUAGAGUAAUAUUAGAUGCUUAGACUGAUCUUCUAUAUAGUUUAUAGGAUCUGCACCGGUAUACUUUCACACCCUCCUACAUCCCAUCAAGAUCCUUGUGUUCAGCAAACCAGCGGCGUCUUCUAUUGCCUUCUCACAUAAGGGCAGUAAAUCGCUUUCCCGCUCAUUCUCCUUCACAACUCCUUCCUGGUGGAACAUUCUUCCUAACUCGGUCCGGUCAACCACAUCUCUCACAACAUUCAAAAAACUACAUAAAUCUCUUAAUGUAUGACAAGCUGGCCGAGUAAAUAUACCGUAUUUCGAAAUCCAUUAGAACUGUUACAGAAACACCUACAUUUUGGAUCACCAUUGUCACAUUUUAUGCAAGUAUGACUUGCUUAGAGAAAAUCUUAUUAUGUUUAAAAAGGCUUGUUUGGUUUAUACGAUCAUGUAUGGUUUAGCUCCUCCUCCCUUGGCUGAUUUUAUUCAUUUUAAAUCUAUUGCAAUAAGAGUAACUAGAGGUUCAGCUAGAGCCGAUUGCUUAAUUCCACAUAGGAAAACUUAUUUUGGUCAAGCUGUUUUUUCUUUCAGAGCAUCCCAUCAGUGGAAUACCAUACCACAAUGCAUCAGAGAGUGGACAAAAUUUAAUUUGUCCAAGUAUAAUUUUAAGAAAUUGCUUCUGUAUAGUUAAAAAUGUGAACAAUGAAGUGGUGCCGUUUAUUUUAUUUUUUUAAAUAUACUAUUGUUUGUAAUAUCAUGUAUGUUUAAAUAUAUAUAUUUCUUUCCUUUAUUAUUAACUGAAUUUGGUGUUAUGUUAAGGUGGAUAGCAAUUAUUAUUGAUUUGUUGUAUUUUCUUUUUAGUUACUUGGCCUAAGAACAUCUGUCAAAGGGACUACCAAUGAAAACUGUCUCUUUUGAAUUAAACAAUAAACAACUAUUGAAUACACUAUUGUAUGUACAGGAUACACUGUAAAAUUUGAACAGUUGGAUCAACUUAAAAAAAUGAGUCCAAAUGGUAAAACCUAAAAAAGUGAAGUUGUU